GUUGCUCCAUCACGAACGCGUGUUAUUUCGGCAGUGAAGCGUGAGUACGAGCGCCGAAGGAGCUUCCGCGAGUGCAAAGUUGCGUGAAUCGAAUGCGAGGUAGCAAGAAAUGGAGGAGAAUGAAGAUGGGAUAGGAAUGACAGGGACAUCGAGUGGUGUGCGGGUGGUGAAGAGAUCGAAGGUCAACCAUGUGAUUCUCAUGGGGAAGAAGCACUCCAGUCCGGACAGAUAUGGAUCAUCUGGCAAUCUGGCGAAGACUCGCAGUGACGCGUCCUCCUUCGGCUUUCCCGAGGACAUGCGGAUCUCGAAGCUGCUGAAUCGCCUCUGUGCCGAGCGGAGCGUCGAUGGCGCUCUGGAUUUGUGUGCAAAGCUGAAGGGAGUGAUUGUGGAUCCCACGAACAGCAACUACAUCCGUCGCUCCUUCGACUCCAUCCUGGAGUCCUGCCUCACCGUCCUCCUGGACGGUCCGGAGGAGUGCCAGAGUCACAUGGUGGAGAUUCUGGCGAAAGUUGGCAUUGUGAUGCGCGCAGAUUUCCUCCAAUUCCGCUCCGGAGUGCUGAAGAGUUUCAAGUCACACAAGAACCUGCGCGGCACAAUGAUGAGAGUCCUGCAGAGGACACUGGAGUUGAUGAGAGAGCAUGAAAUUGACAUCUCGAACCAGAUGCCGAAACUCUUGGACACACUGAAGGAUCUGCUGGAGAAGACGGACAAUGUGGAGGUUUUCCUGAGUGUUUCCAGCAUCAUUGACACGGUGGCGGGACACUAUCCCGCCCAAUUCCGACUCUACUUCACUGACAUCGUGGACAUCCUCGUGGGAUGGCAUCUGGAGACGGAACAGUCGCUCAAAGUCAAGCAUCACUGUGGAAAGAUCCUCGAGAACUUUCGUCCCUUCUGGCUGAGAGACAUGAAAUUCACUGAGCGCCUCCUGGACCAGAUCCUCGAGGACAUCGUGCUCAACAGUGAGGAGUUGACGAAGGAAUCCGCCGCCGCGGAGGACAAGCAAUCUGUGGUUUUUGCCUCCUUCGUCGGAGCCUUCAACACGAUCCUCAAGUGCAUCGAUGUGACGCGCGAAGAGUCAAUUUCUGCCAUUGGAGAGGAAUUCCUGCACGAUGGCUUCGCCAAAAUCCUCUCAGUGGCCAAGGUGGCGAUUCUGGAGAGUCCUGGCGAGGAAGAUGUCAUCCUGACGAUUAAUGAGAACAUUGCGCUGUUCUUCGAGUGCAACAGUGCGAAAUUUGACGUGUCAAAGGAAGAGAUUCAGUGUCUGAUUGAGAUUCAACUGGAGAGGAUUGAGGAAUACUCGCCUGGACAAUUGCUGAGUCUCAUCUUUGUUGUUGUUGGCUUUGUGCGAAGCAUGAAGACGAAAGUUCCCAUGGAGUUUGUCGAGAUGCUGCUGGAAGACACAAAUCUGCUGAGAGAGAGAUUCUCCAGAGAUGGCAGGAUUCGAGAGGCUCUCGUGAAGCUGUGGCAAGAGAUUGUGGAUGUGAAGAAUGUGGCAAUUCUGGAGAAAGUCUAUUCGCACAUCAUCUCCGAACUGGAAACGGCGAUGGAAGUGCUGAAGAGUGAAUCUGGGGAUUGCUUAAUGACAACAGAGCGAGGAAAGUAUCUUGUGAUUUUCCAUCUCAACAGUCUGGCUCGCUUGGCAGCCUCGUCAACUUCCAUCAUUGCACUUUAUGCACUCCGACCGAGUCUGCUGGAGAUGCUGACGACGAAUCUCGCGGUCACGGAUGAGAUCUGGCGCCAAUAUCCACUGGUUCAUCACGCAGUUGUGGGUCUUCUGGUCGCUCAUUGCACAAACAAUGGCAACUUCAUUUCCUCCAGUGGAUUGCUGAAGGCCAAAGUCUCUCGCAUCAUCAACAAAAUGAGCCCUGAAGACACGUCAGAGAGUCCAACGUCGGACAACUUCGAGAUGAUCUUGUCCACAAUGGAUGUUCUCCUGGGACAGACGGAGAUUCCUCGGCAUGCGCUUAAUCUUCUCCUGGAUUGGUGUCAUCAACUUGUCCUUCAAGCGUCCGCGCACAGUGAAGCACUGAAGGAUAACAUCACAUUCUCGGGAAUUCUGCAGAGUAUCAUUGAAAUGCCCACGGAGAAGACUGAUGCGGAAGUUGUGCUGAAGUGUGCAAUGAUUCUCAAUGAUCUGCUGGAGAAGUUCACAACGGUGGAUCAUGGAAUCUUUCCGGGAUUGGCUGAAGUGUGUUGCAUUGAAAUGUGCAGCACAAAUUCGCAGAUUCGUGAGAUUUACUCCAACAUCUUCGGGAAGAUUCCUCUCAACGUGUCUCUGAGGCAAGUGAAUGAGUUCACGGGGAUGGCAAGGAAGUGGAAUUUGCACAUUCGUGAGAUGCAGCAGUGGCACAAGAAUCAGGCGAUUGUCAGUGAGAUUUGGCCGCAUCACUUCAGGAAGUUCCUGGAGGACAUCACCUUCAGCAAUUCCAUGGAGUUCUGCGACAAUCUCCUCAGGGAGAUGCUGAAGAGUGCGUGGACAGUGAAGCAAUCGGGUGAUGAGUAUCAGGAAGCGGCGCUGAGUGACAUUCGCUGUCUGGUGUCGUGGAUUCAGUGGGAAGCGGCGCAAUUCUGUGUGGCGAACAAGCUGAGGACGCCCUUUGGGAAGCCACAGGAGACAUUCUUGCGCAUUGAGGCGAUCGUGAAGGAAGAUGCCCGGAUUCUGGAUCUCAAGGAGUCAUCAACGGUGGAUGGCAUUGAGACGGUGAUGGCGAAUCAGAGACACGCGAGGAUUCUGCUCGGCUUCAUGGAGGCGCUCGAGAAGGCGAUUUACAGUGCGACUGAAGGCACGGCUUUUGCCCUUCCGGGACCAGAGAAGCCCGCCCGGAGUUUCUUCCACUUGAACUCCAUCACGUGCAAUGAGUGGUUCAAUCGCAUACGCACAGCUGUGGAUCUCGUGGCGCUGCACUGCAUGGAGCCUGAGAUGGUCAUUAGAUACUCAGAGACGACAAUUAGGAAUCUCUUGGAGACAAAUAGAGUGGCUGAACCGCUCUUUGAGCACACUCUCAUGUCUCUUGCCUGGGCGCUGCUGCGGAAUGGCGAGAGUGACUCGCUGAGUGGAUUGUACACUUGGACGAAGAAGAUCACGGGCAAGAGGCUGAUGUGGGUGAAGAUGGCAGCGGAACAGGCGGCUGGACACAGAGAAACUGCUGCUUCGGGUUAUGCGGAGAUUCUGGAGGCGGAUCAGAAGCUAGACUUGCACAUUCGGGAGUUUAUAGCUGAUCAGCUGGUGCAGUGUUUGCUGUGGUCAGGACAGUGGCUGAAACUGGCUGACUUCCUGGAGGCUGAAGAGGCCAGAGCGAUUCCCAGAGCCACAAUUCCACUAAUCAACGUGACAUCGGAUCAAGUGCGCUGCAUGAUUGCCUAUGACGAGGAUGAGAGCAAUGUUGAAGACUGUCUGUCGAAUUGGGAAGUUCUCUCGGAAGACACAGAGUUCAGCAAUAAUUUCUCUUAUCACCACAUAAUCUCUCUGGCUGAAAACACCAUCGCCUGUGUCUUCCCGCUGGAGACAAUGCUCUCGCCUGCUCUGGUGAAGAUGUGCUCGAAGAUCUUGCAGAAUGGACUCCAGGAAGCGCUGAGAACUCGCUCUCAAGAGCACUUAAACAAUCUCACAGUGUUGAAUCACAUUUGCCACAAGAUUGCCAAGGAGGAAUACUCUGUGGAUUCACUGUCUGUGGACAAAACCUUCGGCUCUCUCACGCUGAUGAGGAUUCUCUUCUGGGCAGAAUUACUCUGUGGAUCGUCGAAGAAGGUUGACGAUCUCAAUGCGAUGCUGCGACUGGACAUGGUGUCAAUGGCGAGGAAGGAAGGCAGUUUGCAACUGUGCAAGAGGGAAUUGGAGAAGUACUACUCAAGAAGCAACUGCUUCACUUCUCUGUCUCCUGACAAGACAUCUCUUGUGGAUGCUUGUGAAGCGCUGAUGCAUCAGACAACGCUGGAGACUCCGUCGCUGUGGAGUGUGAAUCUGGGCAGAGCUGUCUAUGAGACCAGCAAGUGGCUGUAUUGCUUCCCGGAGAAGAGGGAGUUUGCUGUUCAGUUUACAGCAGCCACGGCGCUUGGCAUUCGUUCGCAUCUGGCCAGUCAGAAUGAUUCGGAAAUCAGUGAGAGAGGCUCCAGGAUCUUUCUCACCAUCAGCGAGUGGUUGCUGCCGGAGGAUGAGAAGCAUCUGGUGGACAAGAGUCCGCUGGGAAGGCUUCUGCAGGAGUUGCCGGAUGUGAAGCCCUGUGCGGAUUAUGCUUCCAACAAUCUCGUGCCGGCCGUUGAUCUGGCCACGGGGAAGUUGAUAGCGGCUGCGGUGAAGCAGUGUCCAGAUCUGGCGAAAGCCUGGAAUGCCUUCGGUGGAUGGUGCUACAAGUGGGGCAGGAAGAUGGUUGAGAAUCGUCCGAGUAACACACUGUUCCAAUCCACAGACAUUGCGGGCAUUGCUCAGGCCAUUCCCGAAGCGUCUCAGGAGGAGAUUAAGCGCGUGGUGGCGAUUUUGAGUGAACAUCAAGUGCCAAUGGAGGUGGAUGACAUUGAGCCAGGCGAUGGAAGUUCCACUGAACUGCUGGAGAAGCACUUGAGGAAGAUCUCCAGCUUGGAGAAGAUUUCGCCUGAGCAGCUGCAAGUGAUCAUUGGCAUUUGGAGGAGAGCGCACAAGCACGUGUACGGAUAUUACGAGAUGGCAGCCGAUGCCUACUUCAAGUAUCUCCAGUUGGGAACUGUUGGCAAGGUGGAUGACGAUGGCACGAGUUCCACCGUUGCCGCAACUCUGCGUCUGCUGAGAUUGAUCGUGAAGCACGCCCUGGGAUUGCAAGAAGUGCUGGAAGAGGGAUUGGCGUCGACUCCAACGUCACCGUGGAAAGUGAUAAUUCCUCAGCUCUUCUCCCGCUUGAAUCACCACGAACCGUACGUGAGGCGGAGAGUGUCUGAGCUUCUGUGUCGCGUGGCUGAGGAUUCGCCGCACAUCAUCAUCUUUCCGGCUGUUGUUGGGGCGGCGCAGGGUGAGAAGAGCGAGGAGAGCAACACUCUCAGUGAGUGCUUCUAUUCUCUCCUGGACACACUGUCGAGUCAAGCGGCAGACACGGUGUCUCAAGUGCAGCUGCUUGUCCGGGAACUCCGUCGGAUUUGUCUGCUCUGGGAUGAAAUGUGUCUGGUCACAAUGUCUCAGACUUAUGUGGAUUCCAGCAAGAAGUUCACAGAGUUGGACAAGAAAAUCACUCAAGACGGCGUCACAGAUGCCAAUUAUGGGAAGUUUGCUGAGCAAUAUCACCAGCUGAUGAAGCCAAUCGUGGUGACGAUGGACAAGCUGAAGAGGGCAGUUUCGCGUGAGCCAGAAACGAAGCACGAGGCGGCUUUUCAGGAGCGAUUCCUGAAGGUGAUUGUGGAGUUGAGUGAUCUGCUAAAGGAACCCAUGCGAAUGGAGACGCCUUUGAUGCCGUGGCACAAGUUUAAGUCACUCUGUGGAGUUUUCCAACAGCGUGUUCAGAAGCGUUCAAACUUUGUCCUCAAGAUGAGUGACAUCAGUCCAACGCUGUCUGAGUUCCGGAACACAGUGAUUUCAAUGCCGGGCGUGGAGAAUUCUGGGAAGCAACACAUCUACAUUCGAUCCGUUGAGAAUAUGGUGCAAAUUCUCAAUACGAAGACGAAGCCGAAGAAGUUGGCUUUCUGCGGAAGUGACGGGAAUAAGUACACGUACUUGUUCAAGGGACUGGAGGAUUUGCAUCUGGAUGAGAGAAUCAUGCAAUUCCUCUCAAUUGCCAACUCAAUGAUGACCAGAACGAUUGACUGCAAUGGAAAUGUGUCCUCCUAUCGUGCCAGACACUAUUCGGUGAUUCCUCUGGGUCCACAAUCGGGACUGAUCAGUUGGGUGGACGGAGUGCUGCCCAUCUUCUCGGUGUACAAGAAGUGGCAGCAGAGAGAGGCGUCGAAGCCGCGCAAGGAUAAGGAAAUCAGCCCGAUUUUGCGCCCUUCUGAGCUGUUCUUCAGCAAAUUGACGCCAAAGUUGCUGGAGAAGGGCAUGAAAGUCACUGAUGCGCGCUCCUCGUGGCCACUGGAAGUGCUGCGCGACGUCCUGACGGAGCUGUCCAUGGAGACCCCACGGGAUCUGCUGAGUCGGGAGUUCUGGUGCACCAGCACAACGGCGGCCGAGUGGCGACAGAUUGUGCGGAACUACUCACUGUCGCUGGCCGUGAUGAGUGUGAUUGGGUACAUCAUUGGCCUGGGCGACAGGCAUCUGGACAAUGUGCUGGUGAAUCUCAGCACCGGCGAAAUUGUCCACAUUGACUACAAUGUGUGCUUCGAGAAGGGUAAGACGCUGCGAGUGCCAGAGAAGAUUCCCUUCCGCAUGACGCAGAACCUGGAGAAAGCCUUGGGCGUCACGGGAAUUGAGGGAACAUUCCGAUUGGCAUGCGAGAAUGUGCUGAAAGCUCUGAAGCGAGGCCGAGAGACACUGCUGACGCUCCUCGAGGCCUUUGUGUACGAUCCCCUGGUGGACUGGGCAGUGGGUGAGGAUGAUGACACCACUAAUGGGUAUGUGGAGGCAAAGCAAACAUCCAGCGGCGCGGCGCAGGAGAGGGAGAUGCUAAAAUUGCGGUACGAAGAAAUGACAAGAAGCUGGAAGACUAAUCGGUGGGCAACUGUAGAGGUUCUGGAGGCGUUGAUGGGACAUGCGAAACCACUGGCGAAGGCGGCAACGAGUCGCGAUGCGGCGACGGAGAAAGUGGAGACUCUUGAGGCUCACUUGAAGCUUCUCAAGACGAUGUCAGAGUGUCCGAAGGAGCGCAAUUGCGGUGUUCUGACGAUUCCUGGUGAGAGAAUGCAGCUGAUGAAGAAGAGGACAGAAGUUUUUGCUGUCUUGGCGGAGAUUAUGGGAAAUCAGGGGAAUUCUGUGGCGCAUCCGCGACAAAUUGUGGUGAUUCCGGAACAGCGAGACUUGGAUUUGAUCAUGUGCGAAUUGGAUCUCAAUGAGUUUGAUGGGAUUAGGGAGAUUGCGUCGCAGGAUCUGUGCAAGGAGGGAAGCACGCUGUGUCGCGAAAUGAAUCGCUCUUAUCACGAGGAAUUGAGAAUUCUGCGUGAUGUCUUCGAGCAGAUGUCAAUGUAUGUGGACUUGGAGCCGUUCCUCAUUGAUGCUGAGAUUGCCAGGAGGAGUCAGGAUAUCUGUUGGCAGUGUCAGAAGUUGCUGGCGGAGAAUCGCAAUGCCGAGGCUGGUCAGAAGGCGAUGGAAUUGUGGGACAUUGGCGUGCCGUGCUGGAAAUUCUGCUCCUCCUUGGCGUCUCACAUUCAAACUGUUCAGCAAUCUUCGUAUGAAAGUCAGCGAAUACUGAACUUCACCUUGGCAGAAAUGCAGCAAAACUACACAAUUUCUGACUUCAAACAGAUGCAAUCGUCCGUUCAGUGCAGCUUUGAGCGAUCAAUUCUGUACUACAUUAGAAAGUCCUUGGAUAGCAGUGAGGAAAAUCUCCUGCUUGAGACUGUGGAAAUUCAGCAGUUUGCCAACUUCCUCGAGGGUUGCAAUGAGACCUUCAAGACUGGUCGUCAGAAUCUCAGCGCAGUGAUGGAAAUUGUGAACAACAUUUGGGAAUGCAGUCACACGUUUGCGAAGGAAAUGGUUCUGGGAAUCAUACAGAAGAUAAUCGAUGAUGACGCUUCUGUGCUGACGAUGAUUACGACAGUUUCUGCUCUGCAGCAUGACAACAUAUCGCUGGAACAGAUGAUAAGUGAUACGGAGAAGGAGUUGAGUUGUGAGAAUCACAAUUCAGGUCAGAAUAUUGAGAAGCACCUUCAGGAGAGCUUUGAGCAACUCGUUUGCCAAUACAGGAGUGAAGAAGUCAGGACAACGGGUCAAAUUCUACUCGUGCAGCUUUAUGACGCCUUUCCCAGCAUAGAAAAUGCCUUUCAGGACAUUCUGGAUGGUGUGAAAGAUUCUGUUGUGCUGAAGGAGUUGGAGAAAGUGGAUGAAAUUGCCCAUGAAAAGCGUCAAAUUAAGAUCUUCACUGAUCCGGAGACGAGAGAGAUCCUUGUGAGAUUGUGGUCUCUGAGGAAGCUUCAGGCAAUCAUUGAGCUCUUCACUUGCACGCUGCAGAUUGCUUGCGCCUUCCGCAGCGCCAGUCCAGCGACUAAUAACAUGUGGGAACAGCUGUUCAGCUCUCAUGAUAAGUACAUCAGCACAUUUGUGUGCCAACUGCUGAAGCCCAUCAUUGACUACAGUCGUGGAUUGAUGAUUGUGGGAUUGCUGGAGAAUUUCUCCAGCACUUGGCGACAUGAUUUGAGCAAGAGAAGUAGUUUGCGAGGAAUUGUCGAUGCCUUUGCGGACAAGGAGUGGAAGGAGAAGGCUGAUUUGCGCAACAAAGACUAUGAAGUGGAGAAAUCGAGAGAAAUGCAGACAAAUCAGAUGUUCUACAAUUUGCAAUGCAAGUAUCGGAUGCCAUUCUACACUGAGCAGAUCAGAGUGAAUGGCGCCAAGGCCAGGACGCUGGAGAUCAUCGGCAUGGCGUACGCGUGGCGUCAGAAUGAGCAUGAGUGCAGCACUGUUCACUCGCGCAAGGCUUUUCUGCAGAAACUGAAGUCCUCCGUGGAUGCGAUAAAUGCCUGGGAGAUUAGCAUUCAGAAGAUGCAUCAGGAAUUGAUGGUGAUUCAUGAGAAGAUGAAGAAAGUCAUCGCCAACAUGACAGGCACUUCCGGACACUCGGAUUCUCUCUAUCCAGGCAUGAGAAUGAUGCGCAAGACUGUUGUGGAGAAGUUUCAGCGACUGUCGAAGAUCGCCAGUGCGAACUACAAGGAGAUUCUGGCCUAUGAGGGUGGAAUUGCGAAGCAGCGCGAGGGUGAAAAGGGAUUUCUGGCGUUGGUGCAAUUGUUGGAUGAGAGACAAGAUGGAUUGCAGAAGAAAGUGGAGAAACUGGACAAGAAUGAGAAGGCCUUCCUUGAGCUAUUGCCAGUGGACAGGGAGAUCAGUGAGGAGUGGCUGGAGGGGGUGAAGAAGCAGUGCGAGAGUGUCUUGAUCGAGACGAGGCACAAGUUGUUCUUCUUGGAGAAGGAUUUGGCAGCUAGAUGGCAACUUGUUGGUCAACACGCUGACAAACUCGAAUCCGUCAAUGCAGACUUUGUGAGAGUGUCAACGGAAGUGCGAGGAUUGCUGAAGAGCAGUCUGAAGAUGGAGGGAAAGCAUCAGAAUGCCACGAAGGAGUAUUUGACGAAGAACAAACACUUCACAACCACUUUUGACGCUUUGACAGAGAAUCUCCGGCGACUGGAGAAUCCACGUGAGAUUCUGCAGCAGAUUGAGAGUCUUCUGCAGAGCAUUGAUGGGAUCUUCGAUGGGCCGUCGGAGCUGAAGAAGUACCAUCACGAGGCGAUGGCGGAGAAGAGUGAGGUGAGAGUCAAGGAAGCGCAUCAGAAUCUGCAGAAGAGGAAUGCUUAUGCGGUGUCCGUGUGGCGACGCAUUCGCAUGAAGCUGGAGGGCAGAGAUCCGGAUCCCGCCAGGCGCAGCACGGUGCCGGAGCAGGUGGAGUGGAUGAUCAGGGAGGCGAUGGAUGCGGACAAUCUUGCGGUGCUCUACGAAGGAUGGACGCCAUGGGUGUGAAUGAGCGCCUGAGAUGUUGGCGAAAAGGCACACAAACCUUUCUGGGAAAUCUCAAAAUGUCCAUCAUCGCGAGCAAACCUGUCCGUGGGCGAGCCAGCGGAUAAAUCGUGAGCUCCAGCGACAGGGAAUUUUCAUGCAAACUUGCUCAUUA